AUGUCGACGUCACAAUUCAAACGUCUUGUUCGCUUUGUUCCCCGCUCUGAUGCGAGCGCCAUCUUGAUCGGACAACCAGUCUCCGAAGAUGUCGAUGUCGGACAAGCGCUGUUCAACGGCGAAGAAGUCGCCGUGGAAGUCUUUUCGGGCAAAUCUGUCUUGGACCCAGGAGAAAACACAGGCGCUAAAGAAACCAUUGAUCGCGUCUUGUCGCCUUUGGCAGCGGGCGAAGUUGGAACUGUUCGAUGUAUCGGUCUAAACUACAAGCAACAUGCGGAUGAGGUGGGAAUCACUGAUCUACCCACUAUUCCAACCGUCUUUAUGAAGCCUAGCACAUCCAUAGGAGAUCCUUGGCCUGCGCCGACCAUUCUACCCAAAUUGACACAGUUGGAUGACUGUGGAGACUAUGAAUCUGAACUUGCUGUCGUUAUUGGCAAGACUGCAAAGAAUGUGUCUCAGGAAGACGUCAUGAACUAUGUGCUCGGAUAUACUGCCUGUAACGAUGUGUCAAGCAGAUCAAGCCAGUUUGCUCAGUCUCAGUGGUCUUUCUCCAAGGGAUUCGAUGGAUCUUGCCCUCUAGGACCUACCCUCGUGUCCACCUCGGCCGUGCCAGAUCCUUCGAAGUUUCGAGUGCGCGGUUUAAAGAACGACAAGCUUUUGCAAGAUUGCGGAGUAGACGACCUCAUUUUUUCCAUCCCAAAAGUCAUCAGCUUCCUGUCUCAGAGCACUACAUUGCCCCCAGGGACAGUUAUUAUCACCGGUACCCCCGCAGGAGUUGGAGUUGCAAAGUCUCCCAAGGUUACUCUCAAGCACGGAGACGAGUUCAAGGUCGAGAUAACUCCGCAUAUCGGGACACUUAUCAAUGUUUUCGAGAACGAAUGA